AUGCGAUCUCCCCAACCAUGGCUAGAGACUCUCUUGCCAAGACGUCCACCACAGACGGGUCAAACAGAAGGGGACAAAACGGUCGAGUCACCGAAACCCAAGACUGAGUUACCUCCCCGGCGGAUGCACGACAGCUAUGUGGAGCUUGUGCUGCCCUUCUUGAGCCAGGCGAGCCUUCUGGAACAAUACACCAAUGUAGCUGGGGGUAUCCGGAACGGCAAGCUGAUGGAACACCUAGAUUCCCUCGCUGGCAGCGCAGCAUACAAGCACAUUCUUGGUCCAUCGACGGAGGAUAUCACGAUGUCCUCUACUGAUUUCUACUUGGUCACUGCCGCCGUGGAGCGGAUGGAUCUUCUGCAUUACAUCCAGCAGGGAGACAUUCACGAUUUGAGGUUGUCCGGAAACGUCAUUUACACGGGAAAGAGUAGCAUCGAGGUCACCGUACAGAUGGUGGGACUGCCACGGUCAAGUCAUGAGAGGGAGAUGCCGAUCAUGGUCGGUCGCUUCACGAUGGUGUGCAGGGACGCGUUCACUCAUAAAGCAAGGGAGGUGAACCAACUUGUGCUUGGGACACCGGAGGAAUGGGCGUUGAAUGCGCUUGGAAAAUCGCAUGCCGAGCUGCGCAAGACCACCCAAGCUUUGUCGCUUUCGCGCGUACCGCCCUCACAAGCCGAAGCCCAGGUGGUGCACGACAUGUUCCUGUCGCGCCACCCACAAGGCGGUGAAGAAUUUCUUAGUUCUACGUUCGUCCCUGCACGAACCCAGCGAACACAUCUGCCUUCCGGAGGAAAGGACGAGUAUGGAAACGAUAUCGAGUGGGUUUGGAUGGAAGAUACAGCGCUAGAAAGUUGUCAAGUUAUGUUUCCUCAGGAUCGCAACGUGCACGGCAAGGUAUUCGGCGGGUACCUCAUGAAGUUGGCGUACGAGCUCGCUUUCGCGACUGCCUCGCAACACACACAGAAGCGCACACUCGGGUUCCUAUGCUUGGACAGUAUUGCAUUCAAGUUGCCUGUCCCAGUCGGGGCGAUACUGAAGUUGAAAUCGGGCAUAGGUUACUCGGACAGUAGGGUUGUGCAUAUCGGCGUAAGAGCCAAUGUGUUAGAUGUUAACACCGGUGAGGAGAAGACGACGAAUGAAUUCUGGUUCACCUGGGAUGCGAAUGGUCUGGGCACGAAGGGCGUUGUUCCCCGGACGUACGAAGAGGCUAUGACGUGGCUCGAGAGCAGGCGAAGACUGGCUUUGGGCGCGGAAAUCCGGGCGAUCAGACAGGGGUCAAUUGAAUUCCAGAGGUUGCAGCACGCCUGAAGGGCAAUGUACGACAAACCACAAGGCUUGCACCACGUCGCACGGGAUCGCAAUUGGGCGGGUAAUAUGGUGUACAAAAACAAAACAAAUAUCCAUAGAAACGAAGUGAGAACCGCGAGACAGGGACCAUUGUUGUUGUACGGAAAGAAAGUCUACUACAUUCACAUAAAAAGUUCAGAGCGCAAGGGAUAAACCUCUCAUUUCUCCAAUACAUGAUCCGCCAGACCAUACUGCAAUGCCUCCCUCAGCUGGUCGAUAACGUGCGGCGCACUAGUGUCUAAACCCUCCACGUCCCUCCCCUGAAAUCCAGGGUAGGAGAAUGAGGUGUCGUUCCAGAAACCUCGGUACAUGAUGUUCAGACUGCGCGCUGUUAUCUCGUAGUCGCGGAACCACCCGCCAGGCAUGAAGAACUCGAACACAGCGCUGUAUUUUGAGGGACGCAUCCAGACAAGGGACGUGAGGCCAUUGCCAUGCACUCCUAUUAGAACCGUUGUGCGUGCUGCCAGCUGAAUCUGCUCUGCUUUUGACAUCCCUUCCAAUUGGACGAUAUUCAGUUCGAACCCGAGCUCCUCGCUUGCCCGCUGUAGUGCUUGGAUCAACGUGGCAUGAUCUGCACUCCUCAACGCCCUCCUAUUGCCGCGUUGACGCGAGACGUAGGUAACCACCGUCUCGCGACUUGACGCACUUCCUGGACGGGGCGCAUCUCCGCCUGCAAAGCGGACCACACGCUCUCGUACGUCGGCCCACCAGUCUGCUUUAUCGGCGGAUAAGGACAUCGCUUCGCUGAUCGGCUUCCAGGAUUUUCCAUGUGCGGGUCCUCCCAUGGCUCCAGCUCGGUCGAACAACACCACCCGCUCGAGCUUGAAAGCCCACUUCGUGGCGCGCAGAUCAGCCCAGGUGUCGGAGAAGAGUAUCUGCGUGUUGGGGAAAGCUGCAAGGUUCACAUACACGUUCAUCCCGGGCCCAUCGCGGAAUUCGCUAUGAGUACUGUGCGGAAAGAUGAUGCGUGCAGGCGGUGGGAGAGUACGGUUCAAGGCAGACGUAGUGCGCUGGAGUGAGAGAAGGAUCUCAGCAGUAUAAUGGUAGUAGUGAGCAAUGAACUCGUGAUGUUCGGUGACCAUCCAUGUCAUUCCCUCCCAGGGCGCUGCUGCACCUCCAAAGGCCAUCUCGGCUCCCUGCACACUCAGUACUCGGAUGUCUUCAUCUGAUGGGUUGCUGUGUCCCAAGUUCAG